AUGGCCCCCAUUUCGAUCGCAGACAUCGUGGCGGCCCUCCCCGCAGAGGACACCUGGGGUCCUGCCACCUCCUCGGACAACAUGCUCGAGGGUGUCCCAUACGCUCCUUUUUCCAAGGGCGACAAGCUAGGCCGUAUGGCAGACUGGACUGCCGACUCCAAGGACCGCGAUCGAGGCGGUCGCCAGGCCUUCAACCGCAACUACAGAGAUCAGCAAGUCUACGGUGCUGGUGCCUCCAGUUUAUUCGCCGUGCAGGUCGCCGAAGAUGAAUCCUCCUUCUCCGUGGUCGACAACACUCGCACUUCAGCUAAGCGUACCUUUGGUCGGGGCGGUGGCACCGUUUUCCGUGGCCGCGGCCAGCGUGGUGGCCCAGGACAGAGAGGUGGACGUGCUGGGUUCCAGCGUGUUGGUGCUGGUCGUGGCGGCCAGGGUGGUGAUCGCUACUACGACAACCGUGGUGCCCGCGGCAACCGGGGACGUCGCUUCGGAUGGAAAGACUACGACAAGCCUCAGAGAACCCGCGAGCCCUCUGUAACCAUCCGUCCCGAUUGGUCCUUGUUGGAGGAGGUAGACUUUAACCGCUUGUCCAAGCUGAACCUUCAGGCUCCCGAGGGUGAGGAUGUCGACACGUACGGUUUCCUCUACUACUAUGACCGUUCCUACGACAAGGCCCCCGUCAAGAACGCUGAGCGCCGCCUUCAGUCCCUUGACCGGGCUGCUUACAAUGUCACCACCUCUCAAGACCCGGUCAUCCAAGAGCUUGCUGAGAAGAACGCCGCCACCAUCUUCGCCACCUCCGAUAUCCUUUCCAUGCUCAUGUGCGCUCCUCGCAGUGUGUACUCCUGGGAUAUCGUCAUUGUUCACCAGGGCAACAAGAUCUUCUUUGACAAGCGCGAGGGUACCUCUCUCGAUCUGGUAACUGUCAACGAGAACGCCGCCGAUGCUCCCAUGGAGAUCGCCGAGUCCUCUGGCAAGCAAGAUUCCAUCAACACCCCCAGCGCUCUUGCCAUGGAGGCCACAUUCAUCAACCACAACUUUGCUCUGCAGACUGUCGUCGAGUCGGAUACUGCCAAGGUCGAGCUGACCCACCCUAACCCUUUCUACAAUGCCGAUGAAGAAACCGAGCCUCUGGCCUCCAAGGGAUACAAGUACCGCCGCUUCGACCUCUCUCUCGAGAGCGACGAGGAGCCCCUCGACCUGAUUGUCCGUACCGAAGUGGACGCUCUCGUCAAGAACCCUGUCAAUGGCGAGGACCAGCAACUGAUCGUCAAGGCCCUGAACGAGUUCGAUAGCAAGGCCCAGGGCUCUGGUGGCUCUCUGGACUGGCGCAGCAAGCUGUACUCUCAGCGCGGUGCCGUUGUCGCUACUGAGAUGAAGAACAACAGCUGCAAGCUUGCCCGCUGGACAACACAGGCCAUCCUCGCCAAGGCCGACGGCAUGAAGCUCGGUUUCGUGUCUCGUGCCAACCCUCGCUCCGCCGCUGGUCACGUUGUCUUGGGCGUUGCGGGCUACAAGCCCAAGGAAUUCGCUGCGCAGAUGAACCUUAACCUGGGCAACGGAUGGGGUAUCGUCCGCACGAUUGUCGACCGUAUCCGUGCCCUGGACGCGAACGAGGACGAGGACAAGGUUACCAAGUACAUACUGGUCAAGGACCCCAACCGCUCCGUCCUCCGUCUGUACACCGUCCCUGCCAACACCUUUGAGGAGGACGAUGAGGUCGCCGAGGAAGAGCCUGAGGAGAAGGCUGAGGAUGAGGAGGAGGCAUGA